AGCAAGAUGUUAUUAUACUUUACAUCUUUCGUUGCUAUACUAUGCCAUUUUAUAGUAUGACGUAUGUACCCAGAAUGCAACUGGUGAGGAUAUACUUUGACCAUCUUAUGGAGUAUUCAAUCACUCCAAAUAUAUAUUUAUCCAGUGAUUGAACCACGUUUCGACCAUGUUGGACUUCUUAAGAAGCUUAAAGAGCCUCCUUAAGGUUGGUAGAGUCCAUAUCGACAACAAUGUAUUCCGAUUGCAUUAUUUGUUUACCGUGCUUAUUCUAUUGGCAUUCUGUAUCGUUGUGACUACUAAACAGUACGUUGGUGAUCCUAUUAACUGUAUGAAGAGCAAUGCAAUACCGGAAGAAGUCAUUAACCUGUAUUGUUGGAUACAUACAACGUACUCGAUAUCCAAAGCAUUUCAUAAGAAAGUAGGAGAGGAGGUGCCUUAUCCGGGUGUAGAUUCGACAGAAGACAAGAGCGAAUUUCGUUACCAUAAAUACUAUCAAUGGGUAUGUUUUAUGCUAUUCCUGCAAGCGUUAUUCUUUUAUUUUCCAAGGUGGUUAUGGAGAAUGUGGGAAAAUGGUAAGAUUCAGUCGCUGAUGAUGGAUUUAGAUUGCCCAAUAUGCGCCGAAAAUGAGAAAAAACAGAAGAAAAAGCUGCUGGUUGAUUAUAUUAUUAAUAGUUUACAUCAACACGACUGGUAUGCUGCUAAAUAUUUUGUUUGCGAAAUUAUUGCUUUCGUUAACGUUAUAGGACAGAUGCUGCUCAUGGAUAAGUUCUUCAGCGGAGAAUUCCUAAAUUACGGAUUGGAAGUAUUAAAAUUUACAGAAAUGGAUCAAAACGAUCGGACCGAUCCUAUGAUAAGAGUUUUUCCAAGAUUAACUAAAUGCCAUUUUUAUAAAUACGGCCAUUCUGGUAAAAUCGAAGAACACGAUGCUUUAUGUGUAUUACCUCUUAAUAUAAUUAAUGAGAAGAUUUAUAUAUUUUUAUGGUUCUGGUUCAUCAUACUUGCCAUUUUAACGGGUGUAGUACUGAUAUUUAGAAUGGUUAUUGCCGCUUGCCCACCUGUACGUGUUUACCUGUUGAGUAUGAGAUUCCGCAUCUUGCACAUGGAACAUAUACACACCAUAGUGAGACGUGGAUCCAUUGGUGAUUGGUUUCUGAUAUAUAUGCUGGGACAGAAUGUAGAUUCAUUAAUAUUUAGAGAUAUUAUAGCAGAUAUUGCUAAGAGAAUCACAACAGAACCAAAGGAAGCAGUUGCGUAAGUUUAAAUGGUAUAGGAAUAUUUACAACAAUUUGAUUGAC